AUGAGCGUCGGCAUCUGUAAAAGCCGGGAAGGACGUGCUGGAGAGUCUGGGAAAAGCACCAUCGUGAAGCAGAUGAAGAUUAUUCAUGAGGAUGGCUACUCGGAAGAAGAAUGCAAACAGUAUAAAGUGGUUGUCUACAGCAAUACUAUCCAGUCCAUCAUCGCAAUCAUAAGAGCCAUGGGAAGGCUAAAGAUAGACUUUGGGGAGGUUGCCAGAGCAGACGAUGCCCGUCAGCUGUUUGUAUUAGCUGGAAGCGCAGAGGAAGGCGUGAUGACUGCCGAGCUUGCCGGCGUGAUUAAGCGGUUAUGGAGAGAUGCUGGGGUUCAGGCCUGCUUCAGCAGAUCGAGAGAGUAUCAGCUUAACGACUCUGCAUCAUAUUACCUAAAUGACUUGGAUAGAAUAUCCCAGCCGACCUAUAUUCCGACUCAGCAGGAUGUUCUGCGGACCAGAGUUAAAACUACAGGCAUUGUGGAAACUCACUUCACCUUCAAGGACCUGUACUUCAAGAUGUUUGAUGUCGGUGGCCAACGGUCGGAGCGGAAGAAGUGGAUCCACUGCUUCGAAGGCGUGACGGCAAUUAUUUUCUGCGUGGCCCUCAGCGAUUACGACCUCGUUUUGGCCGAGGACGAGGAAAUGAACCGGAUGCAUGAGAGUAUGAAACUGUUCGACAGCAUUUGUAACAACAAAUGGUUCACAGACACAUCGAUCAUUCUCUUCUUGAACAAGAAAGACCUGUUUGAGGAGAAGAUUAAGAAAAGCCCACUAACGAUCUGCUAUCCAGAGUACACAGGCUCCAACACGUACGAGGAAGCAGCUGCCUACAUCCAGUGUCAGUUUGAAGAUCUGAACCGGAGAAAAGACACCAAGGAGAUCUACACGCACUUCACCUGUGCCACCGACACCAAGAACGUGCAGUUUGUGUUUGAUGCUGUUACAGAUGUUAUCAUUAAAAACAACCUGAAGGAAUGUGGACUCUAUUGAGAAGGAAGGGGCGUGGGAAGAAGUUUUUAUGAUGCGGCGUUUUGAGAACCAGACUCUUGGCUGCCUCGCGGGGACAGCUGCAAGCAUGAACAGGACCAGGGAAACGAAAACAGCAUGCGGAAUCGUUGCAUUCUUUAGCACAAUCUUCUGUAUUAGGGACCUUUUUAUUGAUAUGGGAUGUUGAAGUUUAGGUCAAGAUGGAACAACUGUUAGUGUGACUAGAUCAUCCUGGCAUCGUUUGGAUGGCGUAAUCUCAAAUGUGU